GCUUCGUUUCAGCUGUGCAUGUUGCCGAACAGCUUGGCAACUGAGUUUCAAAGUGAUUCGAGGGUUUGGCUUUGGUGACAUCUUCAAAGACCAGCCCAUCAAGCUCAGACCACGCUCUAUGGAUGUGGACUCAGAGAUGGACAAGGCCAACGAAGGGAAAGCAGCGACUGUUGCCCCUGAAACCAUGAAGACUGAACCUGACAGCAAAGCUAAAGGACGGGAGCAAUGUAAAGUCCUCUUUCCAUAUGAAGCACAAAAUGAAGAUGAGCUGUCAAUCAAAGAGGGAGAUAUCGUCAACAUUAUUACCAAGGAGUGUGCUGAUGCAGGCUGGUGGAAGGGGGAGAUCGGGGGAAGGCAAGGUGUCUUCCCAGACAACUUUGUCAAGCUGCUAGAAGUGGAGAAAGAGAGACCAAAGAAACCGCCUCCUCCAAGCGCGCCUUCAGCUAAACACACCACAGAGAAAAAGUCGGAGGUCAAGAAGGCUCCUCCUGAGCGACCUGAACAUCUUCCACUGAGAGACCAGGAACGAGGUGAAGAGCUGAAGUUUGGAGACAUCCCCAAGCCCACCCUCCCAUCUCUCCUUCCCAAGAAACCCCUCCCCCCAAAGACAAGCACCUCCUCUACCUCCCAACCCCCGCGGCGUCCCGAGAGACCGCCCGCUCUCGCGAGUGAAAGCCCCAAGUCUGAGGGCGGGGCUUCGACACCAGAUUCUGGCCCUGACAGGUCACAUGACACUGAUGUGGACCUGGACGUGGUCGUCGCAUCAGCAGAGAAGCUGAGUCACCCGACAGCGUCACGGCCAAGAGUCACAGACCGCCGGCCUCGCUCACAGAUCAUCACACCAUCCUACCUGUCCAGUACCGAUCUGGAACCCCCCGCGUUAGAGGACAGGAAGGAGAAGAAUAGAGGGAAGGAAGAGCCGGAGACUGUCACCAGAUCUUUAGACGUUUCCCUGAGGAAAGGCGCUCCCAACAUCUCUGUGCAUGACAAUAAGGCACCACUUCCCACCAAGCCCUCUACCCUGACCCCACCUAACUCCAGCCAUCGCUCCACGUCCCCAUCUUCCUCUUCGGGUCUGACCCCCUCCCCCGAGCUCCGUCAUUCACCUAUGACCCCCCUGACACUUGAGGAACUCAGGAACCAGCUGAGAGACCUGAGGGCCUCCAUAGAACGGCUGAAGAGCCAGCACAGACAGGAGAUGAAGCAGUUGGCCGGCGCGCUGGAUGAAGAGAAGAAGAUUCGUGUUAGUUUACAGAUGGAAGUAGAGCACAUAAAGAAGAGCCUGUCAAAAUGAAGACUGAAACAUCCGUACCUGCGCACUCUGAUCACCACAUCGGAGGCCAGCGUUUGAAAACGAUCUCACUGUUGGCCGAGACACUUCAGCCAAAAACAAAGUUUGUGCCAAAUGAUCAUCACGAUCAACAUCAGCAACAAUUUAGUACCAUGGAAUCAGCCACCUACCCCACCCCACCCCGCAACGCCGCCUUAUCCUGUGUUUACUUCUUUAUUUUUCUCUUAAAGAGGCUUCUCUGUAAAAUGUACUGCUAUCUUGUUUGAAGCUUGCUGUGCCGCUGGUACUGACGCACCACGGCCUGUCGCUGCGUGUUGCCACAGUUACAGAAGGAUGACACAGGCGGCCGUGGCGAGUACACCACGCUGGUACUUUCUGUUUAUUAGUGUGAAGGAAACUUGGAGUUUGAACUUCGUAGCCCGGUUGGUUCAGACGACCUCUGUGCUGUUCUGUGUCCACUCUGCGGCCUUCACCCCUUAUCUGUGUGUGUGUGUGUGUGUGUGAAUGUGUGAGUGUGUGUGUGUGUGUGUGUUUUUUUUCCAUCCAUGUGAGGACUGAAGUUUUUAAACCUUCAUAUUAGCAACAUUUUUGUAUAGUGAGGUCGUUUUGGCCGGUCCUGACUUCUUCAGUGAGCUAGAUUAAGAUUAGAAUUUGGGUUUAUUUCCAUUAGCAUUAGCUUAACAUUGAUGUUUCUAUGGUACACUGCAGGCGGGUGAUUUUGAAGCAUCAGCCAUUAACAGCAUAUUGACAUAUUUCCUCUUAAGUUUUUAAUUUGCAGUCAAAUAUUCCACUUGUUCGGUGGUUAAAAUUACAAGCACAUCAGGAUUAUUCCUCAGUUUAAUUAAACCAACAUGACAAGUGACACUGUAGGUGCUAUAGUAGAAGAAAUAAAUUGUUGGACAUUUAGGGAAAUGUGCUUAUUGGUUUUCUUGCCAGGAGUUAGAUAAGAAGAUCAAUACCACUCUCAUUUUGGUACACUAAAUAUGAAGCUACAGCCAGCUCAUAAAGGCUGGACACAGGAGAAAACAGCUAUCCUGGUCCUGUCCAAAGGUAACAAAAUCUAUAUUAUAUACUGGUAUAUCUAAUACCAGUACCUGUAAAGACCGCUAAUUAAAAAGUUUUAUCUUAUUUGUUUUAUCAAUACAAAAACUGAGUGGUAUAAAAAACAAUUUGUGGUUUUAUGAUGACAAAAUGACUUCAGAAAGUCACUGACCCUAGCCCGGCAUAUAUUCCUGAAGAAAAACACAAUUUACACUUUUUUUUUUUUUUUUUGUAUGGAUGGAACAAAAAAUAAACAAUAUGUUAAAGAGCUGAUUUUGUUUUUUGACACAGCAUGGCUAGCUGUUUCCCCCUGUUUCCAGUCUAUGUGCUAUGCUAAGUUAACUAUCUCCUAACUAUAUCUUCACACUUAACAUACAGACAUUUGAGUGGUGUCAAUUUUCUCAUGUAACUAUUGGCAAGAAAGCAAAGAAGUGUAUUUCCCACAAUGUCAAAUCUAUUUCUUUGACAAGAUCCAAAACUGCCCUGUGAUAUUUGGCUGCAAAUGAAACAUUUAUGCAAAGAAAAGCAUAUGUCACUGCAUGAACACGCCUAUCUAUGAUAUUUAUCAUGUCAAGAGUAUUGCCUUCUGGACAAAAAUGUUAUUUUUUGCUUUUUGGUUUCACGUGUUUGCCCCACAACUCCAGAAACCUCAAGAAACAGCUGUGCUGGUCGCAUCACAUACCCCCCAAAAAUCAAAACUGAGAUCCAUGUGCAGAUGAUGUUUCUGGUGCUCUUUUGGCAGCAGGUGAAGGGUAAAGUUAAGGACAGGGUUUGAGGAAUGUAGUAAAUGAAAAAGGACCUCACAGGUAAAGGAAGACAAUUAUGUGUGAGUGCAUGCCUGUGUAUGUGUGGUAGCAUGUACGGCUGUUUGCCUCCCUUCCUUAUAUGUGCACAGAAUCUAUGGCAACCCGUCACUGUGGCCUUCCUGUUUUUGACUCCAAAUCUUUCUUUUCCUUUCUUUGUUUCGUAUGACAACAAGAAAACUGCUACAUCUGAGGCUACAAGUUGUUUUCUUGACUUGGUCCUUUCUCUCCAGGAUAGUGAUAAAUAUAUAUACUUUUAUAUUUCAGUGUAAUAAAGAUGCUAUUAUGUAAUGUUUGAA